GUGCGCAGUGCCAGUCGGGUCAGAGGGAGAGUUGGUUCUGGCGUCGUCACUAUCAUACCACCAGAAGCUCGAGUGUGCUGGCUGGCUGGCUGGCGCGCCAUGCCCGGGGUACUGAAACCCACGCCUACCGGAGUGGAAUGCAGUAUUGUGUGCAUUAUUUAAUCCCCCCCUCGUUUAAUUAAGUUUUUAAUUCGUGUGGAUCCCUUUAUCGAUUUCGACAAAACAUUCAUCAAUGCACAUGUUAUCGACUAGAAUACAGAAAAUUAAUCAUUGCUGCGUGAAUAACCGAGAAUUCCAUGCAUACUUUGGCUUGAAAUAUUUUGGUUCGACUUUGCAUCUGCAGUUGGUGGACAAGUAGAAGUGAUGAUCUGAGGGUGGCUGCCGUCUGAAAUUGCGUUGUGCACUUCACGACUGACUCUCUUAACUUCAUGUGUGUGUUGCACGUCUUAUUCGCAGAUAACAGACUGCUAGCGGGGAGUGGGGGCCAAGAAUUGAUGUCAUCAUUCUCAUCAGGACUACAGAGCAAUUGAAAUGCACACGAUAUUAGCACAAAGCGCUGUGAAGCCACUGCGCUGAGUGUGUUGUUUCAUUGGGACAAUGUGACUGUGGCUGCAUAUCUGCAGUUAAUGAACAGCCCUGAUGCUAGGACGGUGUCUUGUGUCUCAAACACUACACGUACAAGUUAAACUUCAUGUUUCGCCUACUUUGACAGUUUAAGUGUAGGAUAUUUUGAUUUUUUUACGUAGUUUUAGAGACUAUUUAUGAUCAAGGACUAUUACUUCAAAUUAUAUUUACAAAGCAUUUAAAUUAGAAACGUGUAAUACUCACAAAACAUUUAAAUGCUAGUGGAACUGUGUAUCUUUACUGCAGUACGUGUUGAUGAAAGAGAAACGUGCAAUGAAUUUGGAAAAUCAGUAAAAUAAGUGGAUAUGAUCCUACGAAGCGAGACGGAAAACAUGACGCGUGACUGAAACAAAUUAGUUAAUUAACUGAAUUAUGUGUGUUUGAAGUAAACAGUUGAGUACUGCACCAGUGGUGAUACUAUGGCCGACAUCGGUGGACUGUUGAGGCCUCUGGCACUGUUAACCCUCAUCAUUUUAACAGACUCGAUACGUCCAGACGAUGUGUACCACGGUAGCCGCACCAUCGCGGGAGAAGAUGAAGACCUUGGACUACCCACAGCCAUCGGUCUGCGUGGUCCGUAUUUCGAACCCUCCGCUUCCAGAAACGUGACAGCGCUGGUUGGUAAAACAGCGUACCUAAACUGCCGGGUUCGUAACCUUGGAAACAAAACGGUGUCGUGGGUGCGCCACCGAGACAUCCAUCUGCUGACCGUCGGACGCUAUACCUACACUAGCGACCAACGGUUUCAGUCUAUCCACUCGCCUCAAACAGAAGACUGGAUGCUGCAGAUUCGUUACCCGCAGAGGAGGGACUCCGGCUUUUAUGAGUGCCAAGUGAGCACCACUCCUCCCAUCGGGCACUCCAUGUACCUCUCCGUGGUGGAGCCCAUCACAAUCAUCAUUGGUGAGCCGGACAUGUAUAUCUACAAGGGGAGCACAAUUAACCUGACGUGUGUCGUGAAGCACAGCCCCGAGCCACCGCCAGCUAUCUACUGGACCCACAACUCACAGGAAAUUAACUACGAUUCUCCUCGGGGUGGCGUGAGCGUGAUCACGGAGAAAGGAGAUGUUACAACCAGCUACUUACUCAUACAGAGAGCCAACACACCUGACUCGGGGAAAUACACAUGCAAUCCUUCGAACGCGAAUUUGAAGACGGUGGUGGUUCACGUACUCAACGGUGAACAUCCUGCUGCAAUUCAGUACGGCGGACAGCUGAGACUGCAGUACCCCGUCAGCGUGUUCCUCCUCAGCGUCGUCGUCACGCUCAUCGGUUCCUGAAUACCAACAGUUCUAAUCGUUUUACCAUGUUUCUUCUGAUGUCGUUUCAACGUGUUGAGCAUUGUACAAGCUACUAUUACAAACAAUUAAAAUAUUUAUAUUGUGAACAAAAUAUGAGCAGUAGAACCACAGGAAGCAGAGUGGAGACUCAAUACUAUGUUUCAAGCUGCCAUUUUGUUUGGUCUUUAUACCCUCCAGAAAAGAACUGGUCAUUAUAAAUGGGUAGGUCCUGUAUGUAUAGGUUUAUCAUCUCGUUAUAUGAGAACUUUCUGAUUAAUAUUAGUUUGACAAUAUAUUGCCGUAUAUAAACAUAUUGACGGGCCGCUACGCACGCCAUAUCCAUAUUAAAACUGGGAAUAACUCUAGAGGACUAUACAUCCAGAGACACAAGGGAUUUCUUUGUUUCUCACCUUCUUCCCUUUAUAAGAUUACUAUUUGCGUGAUUGUUUCCAUACACGUUCAGGAAGUUGCAUUAGACAGGAAAAACUAGGCCAUUUCGUUCGUUUUCACCACAGUUUGCUUUGUCUCUAACUGUAGUCUGUCAGCUAUUUGACAUGGAUUAUAUCACCUUUCCCUCUGACUGCCUCUUUGAUUCGUCUACGACUUUACCAGAAUGUCAGGAAGCUCUGAGGAGCCAAAGGCUCCGUUCAGGUAAGGAUGCAUUAUCUUCAAAAGAGGCAGAGAAAGCAUAUUCAAGUACGAAACGAAUUUGGCAAUAAUGAUCCAAGAAGCAAUGACGCACUGCUCUCAAUGCAGCAGCGUCAUUCUUUCAGAACAUUUUCUUUUAAGUCUAUUACAGAAUCACCUACGUUGAUUGGAUGCAUAGAGUCUCAACACAUGUUGUUCCAUCACACGACAUGAACCGUAGUGGAGAAGUCUGUGGUUAAAGUCCGUCGGAGCCAAUGUCUAGUAAAAUAUAAUGAGGAUCCAGAGGUUAGUAUUGAAGAUUUAAUAUGUUACGGUAAAACUUUGUAUUAUUACGAGCAAACUUUUGAGAAAUCUGCAGGCCUGAUCCGGACAGAAAUAUUUCCCGCAGUUCUCGUAUCAAAAAGAAAGUUAUAUAUCGACGUAAAAAUUGCUUGCUUUUUGUUGUGACAUGUCUUAUACCGCCUCUGUGAUCUAGUGCUCAGAGUUCCUGCCUAAAAAUUCAGAGGUUCCGGGUUCGAUU